UUUUGUUCUGCUGCACAAACUCUUAAGAAAUGUCCUUCUGGGAGCCCGUUCUGGCUGCCCUGGCAGUGGCUCUGCUGGGGGGCCUCUACCUGGUGGGGUCCUUCCGCAGGAGGCGACCCAAGGAGCCUCCUUUGGAUAAAGGGAUCAUUCCGUGGCUCGGACAUGGGAUGCACUUCAGGAACAACAGCAUGGAUUUCCUGCAGACCAUGCAGAAGAAACAUGGGGAUAUUUUCACCACCUUGAUCGCGGGGCACUAUUUCACUUUUCUGAUGGACCCCUUGUCUUUCAGAGCCAUUGUCAAGGAAGCGAGAGCCAAGCUGGAUUUUAUUUCAUUUGCAGCCGAACUUGUCCUCACAGUGUUCAGAUUUCAGGCCACUGACACAACUCAUAAGAUCAUCGAGGUCUCCAGCACAAAGCAUCUUAAGGGAGAUGGGCUGGUGGUCAUGACCCAAGCUAUGAUGGACAAUUUGCAGACAGUCCUGCUUCACCCCCAAGGAUCCUCCGAAGGGCAAAAGUCCUGGAAACAAGACGGAUUGUUCCACUUUUGCUACAACACAGUCUUCAGGGCUGGGUAUCUCGCUUUGUAUGGAAAUGAACCCCAUCAGGAUGAAAAACAGAAAGAAAAAGCCAGGCAACACGACCUGAAUCACACCGAAGAGAUAUAUGUAGAAUUUCGUAAAUACGACAAACUGUUUCCACGCUUAUCUUAUUCCUUGCUGACCUUUGCCGAAAGGAGCCAUGUGAAAAAACUAUGGAAGUACUUCUGGCACAUGCUUUCGGUGAAGAGGGUGCAACAGAAGGAUAACAUCAGCAGGUGGAUAAGCGACCAGGCACAACAGCUGGCUGAGACUGGAAUACCAGAACAUAUGCAGGACCAUUUUAUGUUUUUGCUGCUUUGGGCAGCUCAGGGCAACACUGGCCCAGCUUCCUUCUGGCUUCUUCUGUACCUUUUGAAACACCCCAAAGCCAUGGAAGACGUGAGGAAAGAAAUGGAGGAGGUUGUGCAAAAUUCUGGUCAGGAUGUGGCCUCCGGUGGGAAGAUGAUCAAUGUCACCAAGGAGAUGUUGAGCCAGACCCCGGUCCUUGACAGCACAGUGAAGGAGACCUUGAGGAUGCAGACGGCUCCUAUGCUGAUCAGGGUGGUGAUGGAGGACAUGGAGGUCAAGCUCAGCAACGAAAGGUCAUACCUGCUGCGCAAAGGAGACAAAAUUGGCCUUUUCCCCUAUUUGUCUGCCCACAUGGAUCCAGAAAUCCACCAUGAGCCCCACGUUUUCAAGUACGACCGGUUCCUCAGUCAAAAUGGUAACAAAAAAGAGUUCUAUAAGAAUGGGGAGAAGGUGAAAUAUUUUACCAUGCCUUGGGGCUCAGGGACCUCCAUGUGCCCUGGACGCUUCUUUGCCACCAAUGAAAUCAAACUUUUUGCCUUUCUGAUGCUCACCUACUUUGACCUGGAGCUGAUAAACCAGGAGGAGGACAUCCCUCCAAUAGACAAGACCCGCUAUGGAUUUGGCGUCAUGCAGCCCUUGUCGGACAUCCAGUUUAGGUACCGAUGCCGCUACUAAAGGCUUGCGUGGGGUGGGUAGGCUGUGAUCUGAACACAAACCUCUGGGAUGGCCAGGGGUGUUUCACCAGUGAACUGGUUUAUCUUGAGCCUCCCUUAUGGAAUUAGUUUGGGGGUGGAGGAUUAACCUCUUCUUUUCCUUUUGCACGCUUAGGCUGUUGUGCAAAUACCAGUAGGUAUGAUAUAUCUCGCUCAUGCUUCCUAGCCAUUGUUCAAGCUCACGCUUUUGUGGGCAGACAGAGCUGCGGAAAAUACCCAUAGAAGCCUUAAUGAAAUUAAUUGCCCAAAGUGGCUUUUCUUUCCUUCCUUCUCUGUAAAGUGCCAGCUUCCUAAAACAAUGCACUUUUUCUAAAGUGCAUCGAGAGCAUAUUAAUGUACAGAGGUCGAGUUUUGUCUUCUACUUACCUGAAGUUCCAGAGUAAAUUUGCUAAAGUGCUUUGUGAAGGUUGAGAGGAAGCGACACUUGAGGUGCUGAGCGAGGACGACAGUGGAAUUCUCAUUACAGUAAUUAAUUACAGGUAAUCCUCACUUAAUGACCACAACUGAGACCGGAAUUUCGGUUGCUAAGCAAAGUGGUCAUUAAGUGAAUAUAACCCAUUUUAUGACCUUUUUGCCAUGGCUGUUAAGCGAAUCACUGUGGGCAUUAAGUGAAUUACAUGGUCAUUAAGCAAAUCAAGUAGUUCCCCAUUGAUUCUGCUUGCCAGAAGCUGGCCAGAAAGGUCGAAAAUGGCAAUCGCAUGACCAUAGGAUGCUGCGACGGUCAUAAAUGCAAACUGGUUGCCAAGCGCCCAAAUCAUGAUCACGUGACUGCAGGGAUGCUGCAACGGUUGAAAGUGUGAGCACCGGUUGUAAGUCAGUUUUUCAGCGCCAUUGUAAGUCUGAACUGUCACUAAAUGAAUGGUUGUUAAGUGAGGACUACCUGUACCAGUUUGUGUAUACUUAGCAGCUAUCUUAAUUCUAACCCUUCUGGAAUUGAGUUUCAGUCUUCGAUACUGUGAAGAAGUAAAUACCUUGACAACCUAAUAAAUUGAAAAUCAUGCCUGUA